CCUUGUCCAAGAUAAGUACCCUCACCCCGUGACCGAUGUCUUCGAGUGAGAUUGGAACGUCCGGUCUGUAAGAGAAUGAUUAUACAUAUGCACUAUGCGGAGAGGAAUCACUAUAAUUAAAUGACUGACAAGCCAUUCGACACUACAAGCAGGAGUACGUACCAGUCGACCUUCUCAUCCAAGAACAGUGGCAUAGCAAUGAAUUGUGGGUUAUUUUCGAUCAAUAAAUAGUGUUACGUGUUCUCAUAUCUUUUCCGGUUCAUUACAUCAUUCCGCGGCUAUUCUUUCUUUUUGGGUGUCACCACUAGAAGAAAUCUCAAGUACCCAACGUGGAUCAAAGGCCUUCGUAUUGUUAUGUGGUGGAGGAUUGAAGUCAGAAUAUGCCAAAGAGAGAGAUAGCCCCAUUUUUAAUAUGGAGCCUAAUCAUUCAACUGGGAUUAUCUGGAAAUACAGAAAGGAUAUCCCAACAUCCGUCCAACAUCCUUGUAGAUUUUUUCGCAUAUCGCCACAUCUCCAUUGUUCACUUCAACAUUCCCCAAAAUUCCGUUGCAGCUACAUUCAAGUUUAUCGCCAAAGAAGAGAGGACUGGAGGAUUAGGUCGUUGUUCAACACGGGACGUAUCCGUAUACCUAAAAUUUGGCAGCUUACCGCUAGUACGCCCAGAUAAUUCGACAAUAGCAGCUAAACUUUUGCAACGAAGGUACUCUUAUUACAACUUGGAAAUUUUAAGCGAUGAAACGCAGCAUCUUAUUCGUGUUGAUGCACCACCACCUGGUGAUUGGUACGCUAUUGCCUUUAGAUCAUGGUCCGACCCGAACAAAGAACAGAUUUCGCAGCAAGGCAUAGGACCCUCCUGUGAUACUAUAUUAGAAGCCGAAUUAUUCAUUGAACGACCUACCACUGUUUCUGUGAUUGAUAGUACUACUGAACAUUGGACAGAAUUAGAUUCCACUUCUAAUUCUGCAGUGGUGCAAUUUUUAAUAUCUAAACUAGCCUAUAACACAACUUUAGCUGUAAAAUCCACUUGUGGAAACAAUUGUACAAUUGGAGUAAAUGUCAGCACAUUAGAGCAUUUAGCUGAAAAAGUAUUUAGAGCCGAAGAAAGCGAAUUUACUUUCAGACCGUAUAUAAAUUCAUUCCAUUAUGUGUUACUCCGACUUGUAUCUGGCGAAUCAUCAAACGUGUCAUUAACAUUGGAUACGGAAACUAUAGAAAGUAAUUCCACCGAUGUAAAAUUCGUGAAGCUACUUAGAAGAUCGUUUCCAGAUUUCUUUUUAUUUGAUUACGAGAAUUUACAGGGUAACGAUACCAAAUCGUCACCAUACAAUUUGACAAACGAAUCUUUAACUGUACUACAAUUUGAAAUAGGUUCCGUAUAUGACGUAGGUGGUACGGUAUCCGUAGGCUUAAAGUUACCGGAUACAGAAAUCAAAGAUAAGAAUGUCAUUGUUGUCAGUUGUAUUUCUCACGGAUAUUAUAUACCCAUAACCGAUACUGCCAGUUGUGAGAAUAAGAGGACUAUCACACCACCGGAUAUAUAUGUAAACAAGACAGGACCAUCGUACAUUCACAUACCAUAUCCGGAACCUGGACAAUGGUACAUUAGUUUGAAAUCAUUUUGUGUAGAAGAAAAAUGCGAUUGUGCAGAAGAGUGUUUGACCAGUGUGUGCCAAGAGUGCAGCUGCCUAAAAGAGUGUUCGUCGAGAGUCGAAAGUAACGUAGCCUCAUCGCCGUGCAUCGAUGCAAAAUGUAAUUCGAAUGGACGAUGCGUCCAUUAUAUGAGUGGUGGUUUUAUAUUUUCUGCUUGUCAUUGUACAGAUAAUUAUCGUGGUUUUGAUUGUGCUGAUGACACGUACGUGCUUGGUAAGACCAAAAUAAUAAUCAGCCUAGUUUUGCUCACCUCCAGUAAUUUGGCUUUCAUCGGUGCGAUCUAUCUCGCUCUAAGUCGAGAGUAUUAUACGGAAGCAAUUGUAUAUACAGCAGUGAUGCUCUCUUCGACGUUUUAUCAUGCCUGUGAAGCUGGUGAGGAUGUGUACAGUUUGUGUAUCAUGAGACUCAGUGUCCUACAAUUUUGUGAUUUCUUUAAUGCCUUAUUAUCUAUUUGGGUGACGCUCGUGGCUAUGGCAGCUUUUGGUUACAGACUUACAGGUUUCUGUCAAAUGGCUGGUGCUAUUAUACUCGCCAUGGGCGCUGAAAUGGAUCGUACUGCACUUUGGGUAUUCCUCCUACCUGCAUUAACUGGUAGUGCCUUAGUAGUAAUUUCGUGGGGAAUGAAAUGCAGAAUUAAAAAAACCUUUCGAUAUCCUUCGAGACCCUAUCAGACACUGUUUCUACCAGCUGGUCUAGCCUUGGUAUUUAUAGCGCUGAUGUGUUAUGCCUUUCUUCAAACUCGACAGAAUUAUUAUAUUAUACAUAGCGUUUGGCAUAUUCUGAUGGCUGUUGGAGUUAUGCUCCUUCUACCUAGGCGCGAAUACAUGAAAUAGUAUAUUCGAUUUAUAGAGUUAAUAUAUUGUAUAAAUACUAUUUGUAUAUAUAAUAUAUAUGUAAGCCUGUUAUUUAUGGAUCCAUGUAUACGAAGGUGCUAUGAGGUGUUUGAGAAGAAUUUAUGCGCGGAGAAUUUUUUAAUUUAUUUAUGGGAAGAUGAAUACUAUUUUGAUAUUAGUGAUUCGAAUAACAUUGUAAAUUGUAGGAAUAAUUGUAGCUAGAUGAUAUUAAUAUUUUUAAGUAAUAAAUGUUAUGGUUACAACGUCAAAUCUUUAA